AUCAAUGCUCUAGUAUAAUCCAAAAAGUACGUUAUUAGAUAUUUUUUAAUAGACAAAUACAAUUUAUUUAUUUCUGUGAUGUACAUUAUUUUACUUUUUUAAUUAUUAUUUUAUAUAUAGGCCACAGUAAAACAUUAGUAAGACAUUGGUCGGUGGCGCACAAGGAUAGCCUGAUGUACUAAUUGAUCUGUUAGUUGUUGGUGCUGUACAACAUCUUAUAGUCGAGAUAUCAAAUGUAAUCGACUGUGAUACUUUCGAGAAAGAAAUGAUUGGUACAGUGUUACGCCGAAGAAUUAAUUUUUGAAAUCUAGCUGUAGUACAAAGUAUCUCAGCAGGAAAGUACGAAAUCACGUAUCUGCUUCUCAGUCACUGCGAGAACUUAAAGAGUUACUAACAAUGAAUGGAAUGCAAAUACGCAGGACAAAAUUGAUAGGCUAAUAAGGAGUAUGCCUGAUUGCAUGAAUGAGAUAAUACGCGUACGUGGGCAAACACACACACACACACACACACCACAAGGAGGGUGUGGAGUCUAAAAAUACUGCAGAGAUGACAAAUCACGGAGUCCUUAUCCUUGUGACACACACACACACACACACACACACACACACACACACACACACACACACACCACAAGGAGGGUGUGGAGUCUAAAAAUACUGCAGAGAUGACAAAUCACGGAGUCCUUAUCCUUGUGACACACACACACACACACACACACACACACACACACACACACACACACACACACACACACACACACACACACACACACACACACAAUGAAAUACCUGAUCAGUAAAACUCCAUGCGAUUCAUAUUCGAAGAAAUUACGACCAUAAUUUGACUGAAUCAAUCUUAUUGCAAAUUCAAAAUUGAAUAUCUCAAAAUCGAAUACCUAAAUACUCCAGCAUAAAAUUUCAAAAACAAUUAAAAAAUUUUUAAAUCCUACUUUUCGGAAUUUAAAUUAAGAUUGUGCGCGACAAUUUUUUCAAAAUGACGGAUGACGAAAAUAUACCAUGCAAAGUUGAUAAAUAAAGCUUCGAGUUUGCGACGGUGCAUGACGUGAAUCAAACAUCGCAGACCAAUGGGACAAAACGCACGUGAAAGUACAGUGUUAGCUUUGAAAUGCUUUUUUACCGAGGUCGAUGCGAUCAUUUUUCACUGAGUUAUAUGCUAAUUUAAAGAAAACAAUUGUUUUUUUUCUUUAAAAUUGCAUAACUCAGCGAAAAAUUAUCGCAUCGACCUCUGUAAAAAAACAUUUUAAAGCUAACACUUUAUACUUUCAUGUGCGUUUUGUCUCAUUAGAUUACAAUGUCUGAUUUACGGCAUGCACCGUCCCAAACUCGGAUCUUUAAUUAUCAAUUUUUCAUCCUCUCAUUUUAUCAUUCGCUAUUUUAAGAAAAUAGCCGAGCAUAUCAUUUAAAUAUUAUUAAAGUGGAUAUUCGGAGCUUUAUUUUCCACUUUGGCAUUUAUUUCUAUUUUCAUUGUUUACUAAUUAUGUUAUGUUUAUUUGAAAUUUGGUAAAUUUCUCCCAAAUUUUUAGUGAAUCGCUUUUUGGGGGACUGAGUGUAUAUAUUAUUCAAAAAGUAUAGGUCUUACUUGAAAAUUUCCUGUUGCAUAGAAGCGUAAGCAACACAAAACUUGCAAUAAUGGCCGUAUAAGUAGACUUCGUUAUGAAUCUUUGUGCAAAGUUUCAGCAACAAGAGAUUUGAAAUUUAUUGCUGUAUUUUUAUUAAACCGAUAUCUUCUUUUAAGUUUUAUUUUAUCCAUCAUUUAAGCGAAUUGUGCGCAUCACGCACAUAACAUAACGCUUUGGCUCCCCAUUUCGACAGAGAACGUAAUCUAUGAAUUCGUAAAAAUCUUUAUCGAUAUCAAAAUCACUAAAUUUAUUUAUUUUGCGGGAUAUUAAAGCUUUACAGGAUAUUAAAGCUCUGCGGGAUAUUAAAGCAAUUUUAAGUUGGUUACGAUAUGCAAAGAUCACUGCAAAAGUCUAGUAAUAAAAGGUUAAACUACAUCUCAAGACAACUCUAGAGAUGGUCUGACAGAACUGCGUUUUGAACUUUGGUUUAAAUCACGAUCGAAAUAUAAAUUAUUUCUAUGAAUACAGAAAUAUUGAACUAAGGUUUAAGAAUCGUGUAUAAAUAACUUAAAUCGUAUAUCAGGCAAACGUUUCUUUAAACUACGUUCAAGUGAAUCAGAUUUAUUUGACCAUGAUUUGAAAAACGUUUUUGGAAUGAAAGAUUGACUUGAACAUAGCUGAAAUCUGAUACUCAGGUUGAAUCACGACUAUGAAUACGGUCCUAAAUAGUAUUCUCUGUUAACUUUUAGUAAUUUUUUUAUCAAAUAGAUUUAAAUUAAAGUAGUAACGCCAUAUAACGUCGGUCGUUCUUUACUGGUUAAACAAGAACUAUAUACAAUAAUACAAAAAUUAUUUGCAGCCAAAUAAUGAGUAUCUAAUGACAAUAAAACUGCAACAAAUAGCUGCGAAAUCUAAUCUCGUUGCUUACGUCAAUCAGUUGCGAGAACUUGUCAUCGACAAACUUGUUGAGCAUCAUUGGAAUUAUAAUCUUGAAAUAUGUGCUACAUUUGAAAUGAUGAAGGAACGUGUUUUAAAUGUUCCACAGACUACGAAAGAGUUACUGGCAUUAAGUCAAUAUAUGUUGACAGCGACAUCUACAUUAAUGAGAGAACUACAAGACAAGAUAAUUUUUUCAGUUCGUAUGAUGAGUUCAUUAACUGAAAUGACUACUUUGGGAAAGCAUCAUAUCGAAUUAAACAAUACAACAAUUCAAUGGUUAAGACGUAUCAAACCAGUCUUGCAGCGCAGUUUUGCAUUAUAUGAACAAAUGAAGUUUGAGUUAGAAGAAAAACUUCAAGAGGAAGUUGCUAUCUUGAAUGUACGUGUCGAAAAAAUGUUCCCUAGGUAUGUGUUUACGUAUGUACGUAAGCUGUGUAUAAACGACAUGUAUAAUUCUUAACUGGCAUUGUGGGGUAUAAAACAUCCCAGCCCAAUUCAAUUCCGAUUUAAGAAGGGACCCACCACUAGGACUCAGAAAUCAGUCCUAAGUUUGUGAAUUUUUAAGGGGAAAGUGAAUACCUUGAUUAAACAAAUCAAUUUAAGGGUUUUAUUUUACAUCUUUUCUAAUGCAAAAAAUAUUCUUUUUUAUUACAUUUGAACCACAAAAUGGCGGCUUCGUGCUCCAAUUAUGGGAACACCUUUCGUAAGCCGGGCUCAAGCGGUAGAACUGAUUUCAACAGAACAAUUUAACCUAGGCAAAUACAAAAAAAUGUCAUUAUUUCCAGUGUUGUAGUUAUCGGGUCACAUAGGAAUUUUUUUAAAUAUUAAUUUCUCUUGAAAUCGCGAUAGUUU